AGGAUCACUGCGCAUUAGUCAUCCACGGGAAGAAGCGUUGCCUCCAAGCACUGCCCAGCGUUCGCAAGCCCAUCGUCGCGGUCGUCUUUCCAUGAGCCGCAUCCAGCUAUGAUCAUCCUUGAAGAAGCUGACCAGCAGGCUAAACUUGAUUCUUCCGUCGCUGGUCCGACUUUGCGCUUUCCAGACAGAGCCGUCGGUCGCUCUUCAUCGCCUCUACCAGACUACGAAACAUCCCAAGCACAACACAACCUCACUCCUACCCGCAAGUCCCUUCACAGCAGAGUCGACGCUCGCUUUUGGCGUGCUACAUUAUAUGCCCUUGUCAUCUAUGUUGUUCUUUCUGUCGUGAUUGGCGUUCCCUUGAUAGUGACGCGACUUUCCAAGAAACAUAGAGGUCCUCCAGGACCAUGGCCCAAUGAUGACUCCAUAUCUCCUCAAAGCCUCGGCAACAAUGCUGUCCUGUCGUUAGAGACAGUGGGGUGUAAUACAUGGGACACAAUAGAGGACGAUCCAUUACACUCGUUAUUUUCUGCCAGUACUUCUCAUACCCUAUUACCUUCCGGCUCAAUUUCCAUUCGCUCUAAUGUUUCUAUCAAAGCGGUUGACGCCGCUGGCAUUGCUGGAAAUCUUACAGUGGAUAUCAACCCAGACUCGUCAGCGGAUGUCGUCCUCCUUCUUGUUUCUUUGCAAUCCUCAAGUCUUAAUCUUCGUCAGAGAACGCAUGUAUGUUUUUCUGAUACAGGAAGCGACAGAGGGGUUUCUCUUUAUGUUCCCAACCAUUUGGAUGAUGCUGCUUCUUUAUCUGUUGCCAUCACCCUUCUUUUCCCUCAAACGUCUUCCGCAAUUAAUAUUGAUUACCUGGCAACCUACCUUCCCAUGUUCACUCAAGUCUUCGGAGAUUUUGGUGACAAUAUUUCGUUUAGCAAGGUCAGCAUCGAGGGAGCAUCCAUGGGUAUUAUUUGCGAUUUUAUGCAAGCACCAAAGAUAGCCGUUAAAAAUGCUCUGGCAUCUAUAAGUGGCACAUUUAAUGCAUCCGAAAACCUCAAGCUUGACACUGUUGGAGGUCCUAUCUAUGCAAACAUAACGCUAGUGCAAGAUAAAGAUCGCCAUCAUCCUACAUUCUUCUCUUUGGAUACGGGAAACAGUGAAAUUGAUGCUAGUGUCGUACUUCUAGCGCCAAAUCGAUAUAAUGAACCUUUAAAUUUCAUCGGCAGGGUCCAAACCUUCAAUGGCCCGCUCACACUGGAUGUUUCCCACGACUCCUCCACCCCGCCCGUUCCACUAGACCUCCAUGUACAAAACACUCAGGCAGAAUCGAACGUCACCCUCGACUCUAAAUACAUAGGUUUAUUCGAUGUGCAAACCAAGCUCGCUAACGUUGCCGUCAAGGAGAGCCGGAUAGAUUCUUCCUGGGAUCCCGCCGGCGAGAAUCGGUCCAGGAUGUGUGAAUACGAUCAAACCAGCUCUAAUAGAGUCCGAGGAUGGAUAGGGUGGGGUCAGAGACCGACCAAUUGGAAGCCGAGAGACGGUCGAGUUCAGGUUGUGUCGUCAUUAAGUCCCGUGCACUUGCACCUCGCAGGUCCAUCGGAAGGGGCGUCAUGACUAGGAGUUAUGUGUAAUAACAGACAUCUGCAUAUAUUCCACUUGUAUUUUAUCUCGGGCAAUCUACUACAUAUAAUAGCAGUACAUAUAUUUUUUGGACAGAAGCUUUGCUUUGAUACGUAUUACAAAGCAUGCACAUUGCAUGUUCACAUGGGCUGCCCUUAAUGGUCCACAGUGUAUUCAUCUUUG